AUGCUGCCCGGGGAGGCCCCUCCCGUGCCGGAGACCCGGCUGUACUGGCGGCGCUUUGCGGUGCUCGGGGUGUUCUCUCUGUACUCCCUGGUGAACGCCUUCCAAUGGAUCCAAUACAGCAUCCUGGCCUCCAUCUUCACCGGCUUCUAUGGGGUCUCCUACCUGGACAUUGAUUGGCUGUCUGUGGUCUACAUGGUGGCCUAUGUGCCCCUCAUCUUCCCGGCCACCUGGCUGCUGGACACCCGGGGCCUCCACCUCACCGCCCUGCUGGGCUCUGGACUCAACUGCCUGGGGGCCUGGAUCAAGUGCGCCAGCGCCCGCCACGACCUCUUCCCUGUCACCAUGCUGGCCCAGACCGUCUGCUCCAUCGCCCAGGUCUUCAUCCUCGGCCUGCCCUCCAGGGUGGCUUCUGUUUGGUUUGGGCCCAAGGAGGUGUCCACCGCCUGCGCCACCGCCGUGCUGGGCAACCAGGUCAGUACCGCCCCCCCCCCCAUACUAUACAUUCUAUGUCCACCGCCGUGCUGGGCAACCAGGUCACCUCCAGUGUUGGUCCCAAGAUCAGAUAAUAUGGAGCUGACUGGACACAAUAUCAGCAUCAUGUUUUAUGGCACAGCGGCUGUGUCUACUCUUCUUUUCAUUCUGACUGUUGUAGUGUUUAAAGAGAAGCCGAAAAUCCCCCCCAGCCAAUCACAAGCCGUUCUGAGGGACAGCUCACCUGAAGAGUACUCCUACAAGGUCUCCAUCAUUAAUCUCUUCAAAAAUGUUCCCUUUGUUCUUCUUCUGAUUAGUUAUGGGAUCAUGACCGGCUCCUUCUAUUCUGUGUCCACGCUGCUAAACCAAAUGAUCACAACUCAUUACGAGGGGGAAGAAGUAAACGCAGGACGGAUUGGGCUCACCCUGGUCAUAGCUGGAAUGGUUGGCUCUGUCAUCUGUGGAGUGUGGCUGGAUUAUACUAAAACUUACAAACAAACGACUCUUAUUGUGUACAUCUUGUCGUUUAUUGGGAUGCUGGUCUUCACGUUUACACUGGACCUGGGGAAUCUCAUAGUGGUCUUUGUGACAGGUGGCGUUCUUGGAUUCUUUAUGACUGGAUAUCUUCCUCUGGGAUUUGAGUUUGCUGUUGAAAUCACCUACCCAGAGUCGGAGGGCACAUCCUCUGGCCUUCUUAAUGCCUCUGCACAGGUAAAUAUGUUUUUCACAAAUACUAAGGUAGCAGCCUCUGGCCUACUUAGAAUCAUCUAUAAAGUUAAAUUGUGGUUUUGA